AAAAACUAGAAGAACCAUCCCUCUGACGCCUAAAGGGUUAAAUCACACGUCACAAUCUUACAGGCUGUUAGAAAAAGAAACCUGAACUGUUCAAACUGCCUGCAACUUCCGUUGAUGCAAAGGGAACUGCAAAUUGGUAACAGACUCCUUAUUCAGAGUUCCCGAGACCCAAGAGCUUCCAGGGCUGAGAAGAGGAAUGAAAUGCAUUGAGCCUUUACAUUAAACUUAGAAAGAGCUGCCUUGAAAGAGGUAAUUCAAUUCACAGAGUGUCCGUUUACAAGCAGCUAUGGCACUUCAGAACCAAACAGAGCUAUAUUACCCAAGCCAAACCCUGAGUCCUGACAUAGACAUAGAAGAAGUGAUUUAUUCCCAGAAUGUUAUUUCACGGGUAUUACAUGGAUACAUUGGGAUCAUGGUCCCACUCGGGUUACUGUCUGGUAUCGCUAUCCUUGCAAUCAUUAUCAGGAAACAAAUUCGUCAUCAGAUUAUGGAGAAUGUGGACUUUUAUCUUUUGAGCGUGGCUGUCACAGACCUUACAAUCAUUCUGUAUUCUUUCACUGCCAUAACAAGGCCGAGUUAUAUGGAAAUAACAAACCUGGCCUGCGGGGCGGUCUCAUCUCUCUUCAACAUGAGCUACUUCACCACUCAGAAUCUCCUGCUUUUGAUGUUCCUCACGAUGAUUGCUCCAAACACUUCCACUUUGAGCUCACUUAUGACCAUGGUGAACCAGAAUCGCUUAGCAACUCUGUCUGUCACAGUUAUUUUCUCUAUUCUAUUGUCCCUCCUGGCAACAUCACUGCUGGGCACACACAAGAGCCUUCAAGCCACAACAUUCUGCCAGCUGGACCCACUCAAUGCCAAACCGGAGUAUGACCUUGUGAAGUUCACAGCUGGAUUCUGCUUACCAACUCUCUUUAUGCUUCUAUUUUUCCUGUUAUUGGUUUAUCAGUUAAGACAAGCAGAAGAUUCCACAGUAAAGGAAACCAUUCAGGCACAGAAAGUGACCAUUCUUCAUGUUGCCAUUUUGUUUGUGUGCCGCUUAUUCUACAAUAUCAUGCUGAUUAGAAGGGCAAGUCUAAAGCUGUGUGUUCUCAGCAUGUCUCCAAGAGAGGAACUGCUAUUUAAUAUUGCAGAACUGAUGGUCUUCAGUGGAAGUUCCCUAAAUCUAAUCUUCACCCUCACUUUACAUGGCCCAUGCCGAUUAGGUGUCUGGAAAGCCUUACGUUUUCUUAAAAAGCUUUGUUGUAAAUCCCAAACCUAUGAUGGGGUUGAAAUGCACAGUUCUGCAAAAUGAUAGUCUACCUGGCUUUGGAUAAGCAAGCUUAUAUAUAAGCUAUUUUAUGCCUUGCAUGACUGAAAGCUAUUAUGGUAUUUGUUUGCAGAUAUAUAUUUAUUAUAUUAAAUGUUGCCAAAUUGCGAAAAAUAGAUAAACAGGUCCUGUUAUCUAGAAUGCUUGGGACCUAGGGUUUUUCAGAAAAAGUUUAUUUCCAUUUGGAUCUUCAUACCUUAAG